CGGCCCUUCCCCGCCCGAGAGGGAGGGAGGGAGACUCUCGCUCACACCGCCCGCGAGCCCGGCAUGAGGUGGUUGCGGCGCAGCGGCAGCCGCUGAAGUGCCGUCCUUCUGCGUCCCUCCCCAUCCCCUCCUCUUCCCCCUCAGCCGCCGCCGCCGCCUGGCUUCCCCAGGCAGCACGGCGGAAGUCUUGCAAGAGAGGGGCUGCCUGCCGCCACCCGUCUCCUCACGACGCGUCCCUGAGGGGGAAAAGGGAGGGACGGAGACGCGGCAGCUCAUGCGUGCGCUCUCUCUCGUGGCGGAGGACCCCGAGCCGCUGCUUCCCUUCUGAGCCAGGCAAGCGUGAAACCCGGGAAAUUUAAGGGACAUCAUCAAUAAGGGACAGCGGCAGGAAACGGCGCUGGGAUAAGGGAGUUUCCCGCCAAAUAAGGGACGGUUGACAGCUAUGAUAUAAUAUGUGGGGGGUGGGGGUGGGCUACAGUAGUUCGGUUCCUCUCUCUUGUUCAUUUACCUUUGGAGAUAGAAAAACAUGCAAGCUGUAUUCUGUUCAAAUGCUCAGUGAUAAGUGCUAUAAUUAAACAACAAAAUGCAAACAGAUAAGCCAAACUUAAAAUGACACACAAUACAAUAUUCCUAAAACGCUCAUCAAGCAAUACGGUAAGUCCUACCUCACCCCACUUAAAGAUGGGCACCACACAGGAGACAGAACUGGCUUAUGGGAGAAGGAUUACUCCCCUGAAUAUUUCUCAUUCUCAGACUGGCUUCUUUCCCCCCUUUGAGUGUUUUUUUUCCCCUUCAAAAAAAGGCCUAUUAGCAGUGGUGAGGCCUAGUACGGUGAAAGAAUGUGGAAACAGUCCUUUUGGUGACUUGUGGAUUAAUGCUUGGAGGAGCAGCCCCACUGCCUCCUACGGGAGUGUGGGAAGAACUUGCGGUGGUGCUUAAAGUAUUUAGCUGUGUGGAGAGGCUGUGGGCCUAAAUAGUUUCUAUCCAGAAUAAAAGGCAGGUUUUCUCUUUGAGAUGCUGGAACUCUAUGAAAACCCUAUAUUCUCCUGAGGAAGCAGCAACCUCUUCCCUCAUGUGUGAAAAGGACAAAGAAGCGCUCUUAAGGCUAAGCAAUUUCAGUAAGUACAAAAUGGUAAGGAAGGGCCGCUCUGACCCCUUCAUCUUGAGCAUACAACUUCAUCUUUUGCAGCAGGGGUGAGAGAACCUAUGGCAUUGCCCACCAUCUGACAUCAUAUGAUAUGAGUGAGGUUUGCCCCAAACGGCCUUAAAAGCCAAAUUCAGAGGUCUGGCACUUUCCGCUCCCUAUAUGUCCUUAGCCUGCUUUUCUCUACAGCAAGGAUAACAGCCGUGGAUACUUUUUUUUGUCUCUUAUUGCUCUUUAAUGUCUCUUUAUGAUAAUAAUUUUUGGUUAAUUAAUUCUUAGUCCAGGUAGCCCUCUCUGUGCAAAUGGGAAUUGGUAGGUGGAUUAGGAGAAUGUAAACUUUCCCCUGCCUGAUGAUUCUCUCCUGAAAUUGCUUUCUGGAGCUUGUUUUUAAAUAGCUUUUUCCAUGGCUGGGAUCCAAAACUGGCAGCUAGCUGGGGGUGGACAUUUACAGCAAAGACAUCUUUGGUACAUGGAGGAAUAAGCACCUUUCUACCAGCCACUGAUUCUCGUGAGGUCUCAUGCUUGGUCAAUCAGUUUUGAGAGAGAUUUUUUAACUCUUCACAGUCUUCUGGAUAUUGCUACCCUGGAUAAUAUAGGCCUCAUAAAAACAUUACUACGGUACUGUUUACCCUGAUUCCAGAACACACCGUUUAUCUGAAUUUGGAUCCUUGAGGAACUCCACAAUUACUGCCCACUGUAAUUAUUAUUUUUUCUGUUUAUUUCUGUCUUCUUUUUUAAUCCAUUACUAAUAUUUAGGAACACCUAUCCUCUUAUUCCAUGACCACUAAGAAUUCCUAAUGCUUUCAGAGACAAAUCUGCAGGUUUGCUCUGCUAAUCUGCAUGGGAUCCCUUUAUUACUCCCUGGAAAUACAAAUCACGUUUCCAGAUAUGGAAGACAGUGCUGUGGAUCAGCUCUUGUUUUUUGCAUAUCAGUAUUCUGCUGGUAGGGUCUUCUUGUUGCAUGCAUUGAAUAAGACAUUCCUACUCUACACAGAAGAGGAUUACUGAACAACAGUAUAUGUAAUUUGUAAUCUGUUGUAGUAUGUUUCCUUGUGUGUGUCCCCGCCUUUAGUAUCAGGAAUCAGCUGUUGUUUUUGGCAGUCCUUUGGGAAAGCUUCUUUCAUUAAGCUUUUCCAUGCUAGCAUCUAUCAGGCACACAAUGUUAUCAUAUUGUAAUGUCUGUGGGUCCAGUCAAAAUUACAUCUAUUCAGCUAAAAUCUAGAUAGAUACAAGGAGCCGGCUACAUUACUUAGGUUACCAUUUUGGUUACAAAGCAAUUUUCAAUCAAAACAAAUUUGGUUCUGUGUAGGGCUUGCCGAUCAGAAAGUUGGAGGUUCGAAUCCCCGCGAUGGGGUGAGCUCCUGUUGUUCGGUCCCAGCUCCUGCCCACCUAGCAGUUCGAAAGCACGUCAAGUGCAAGUAGAUAAAUAGGUACCGCUCCAGUGGGAUGGUAAACGGCGUUUCCGUGCGCUGCUCUGAUUUGCCAGAAGCGGCUUAGUCAUGCUGGCCACAUGACCAGCUGUCUGCGGACAAACACUGGCUCCCUUAGCCUAUGGAGCGAAAUGAGCGCUGCAGCCCCAGAGUCGUCCACGACUGGACCUAAUGGUCAGGGUACCUUUACCUUUAGGUAAGAUUUAAACAUUCUUUGGUUGUUGUAAUUUCUCUUAGUUCUGCAGCCUACCUUCAAUUUUUUGAACACUGUCUGCCCUCUCUGAGAGAUUUUAGACUACUUAAAUAACAAGAAAAUAAAAGAAAACAAUAUGUCCCCUUAGUCUAAAAUUCUUUUCUUUCGCUACUUCAUUGCAAGUUUUCAUAUAAAAGAAAUAGUGUUUAAUUCUCAAGCUGUUUUUUAAACCUUCAAUACUUCCUCAGACCAGACCAAACCAUGAUGAAGCAGGCAUAUAAGAGGCUCAGAAAGGAAUCCAGUAUGCCAAAGUUGAACACCUCUUAAAAUAUCUCUCAGUGUGUAUUUCUGUUGAUGCUGCUGUCCACGUGACUGUAAAUAGGUGGAUAGUAGUUAUUGCAGAUUAAUGAAUUCAGAAUAAAAGAGAGCAGGGUCUUUGUGUGUGCUCACAAGUAUCUGAAGUUCAAUUCACUGUCUAGCUAGGCAGGGUGAGGAGGGCAUUUGGAAUACAUUUUUAUGUUUCCCUAGUAACACACUAAGAUUAUGUUGUCAGCUUCAGCUGCAUCUGGCAUGUUCUGUUCACAAGCACCGUCCAUCUUAAGCCAUUCAUUUUUAUUUAACAGUAAUAAAAAAUGCCUUACGGAUUCAGAUCAGGAAGGUGUAUAAGCUGCUGUAGAGUUUCACACGCCACCAUCAGAUUUACAUCUCCCCCUAAUAUUACCUUUGUUUUAAAACAGUUUACUUGAUAUGCUGCCUUGUGCAGAAAGUAAAUGAGAGGAUUUAGGGAUGAAAUUAAUUCAGUGAUUGGACUUGCUAAAGCAGAAUGAUGAAGCAUCUUGGAUUUAGAAGCAAAAUAGCUUCACAAAAUACUUGCUCAACCCAUGUGAUUUCCCCCUACUUCAGCACUAAUAUCUGAUUAUAUGAAAAUGCACAGCUGCUAUGACUUCAAAGAAAAUGAGAAACUCGGAGCAAGUCAAAACCCAGUCUUACAGUUUUAGAAACAUCACCAACUGAAUUAAAAUUGCCUCUGCUCAUCUUCAAAAACUUGUGACUUUAUUAAUUUUGUACUGCAAAGGUGCUAGUGAGGCUUUCAACAAAUGUUGCAGUGGGAGUGUUCCUGUUAAUGUUCUAGCCAACUGACUAAACCCUCUUCUAGGAAACUCCACUCCCUGCCCUUGACCCCUAAGCUUGCUCAUUUUUAACUGGGCUGUUUUGGGGUGUCCUCCCUCCCUAAAUUAAGAGGGGUUUUUUGGUAAGGAUUUUUUUUAACUUCUGCCAACUUGGGGUUUCUUCCAAAUCUGCUGAUAACUCAUUUUUGUGUGCAUGGAGGGAGCUGUUUUUAAAAUGAGGAUUCAAACUUGGGAAAUGAAUUCAUUAUUGGUAGGAUAUCCAAAGUACCAAAAUUCAUGUAUCUGUCCAAACAGUGGUCUUCUUUCUUUCUUUCUUUCUUUCUUUCUUUCUUUCUUUCUUUCUUUCUUUUAAAAAAAUGAUAUGCUGCUUGUCUGUAGGGACCUGUCAAACUGUUAUUUGCAACAUGCUGUGUACAUAAAUGGCAUUAUAUAAACAAUUAAAUGAAAUUUUCUGACUGAUAUGUAUUAUAGACCAGGGGUUGCGUAAACCUUUUGGACAAGUGCACACAUUUCAUAUUUCAGAGAGUUCUGGAAGCACCAGAUUUUACGAGCAGAUUUGUGAUGCUAUUGCUGCCUAAUAGCAAAAGAGCAUGUUCCUCAGUACCAGGAAAAAUAUGCAAGGUAGCCACACCACACUCACUUUCAUUUUACAUAAAUCACUUAAAAAAUACCUACACAUUUUGCCCCAUAACUUUCUAGAAAAAUAUAGUCAACCCCCCUGCAACGCAUGAAACUCAGCUAAAGCAUGCAUGACAGAUGGCCGUCCAACCUCUGCUUAAAAACCUCCAAGGAAGGAGGGAGACCAUUCCACUGUCCCAAGGGAGACAGUUCCACUGUUGAACAGCUCUUACUGUCAGAUGUUUAGUUGAAAUCUCCUUUCUUAUAACUUGAAGCCAUUGGUCAAUGGCUCUGAGAAGCCCACAAACAACAUACAAGGGCUGUUGUUCCCAGCUACUGAUAUUCAGAGGCCUUUGAUCUUGGAUGUAGCAUGUAACCAUUAUGACUAUAAUAAUAACAAUAAUAAAAAAUUUUAUUUAUAUCCCGCCCUCCCCAGCCAAAGCCAGGCUCAGGGCGGCUAACAACGAACUAAAAGUCAUCCAUGAAUUUGUCAGAUAUUCUUCUAAGGCUGGUAGAUAGACAUCAUCACAUAUUGUAGCAGUAAAUUCGAUAACCAUGUAUUGUGUGAAGAAGUCUGUUCUGAAUCCUCUACCAUUCAGCUUCAUUAGAUAAUGCUGGAACGAUUAAUUCAAUUAUCUUCAAGAAAGAGGGAGAGAAACCUCAUGUGUUUCCACACCAGGCAUGAUUUUAUACAUAUCUAUCAAUGUUCUCUCCUUAUUGGCCUUUGUCUAAGAUAAACUAACUAAUGCUAGUUGAAUAUGAGUAUGAUGAUCUAUUCCUGAAUUAUUGGUAUAGCUAUAUUUGACUUGCAUUCUUUGUAGGCAUAAGAUUCAGCUCCUGCACUAUCACAGUUAGUUCACAUUAGUUUCUAGAGUAGAGCUUUCCAAACUUUUCAUGUUGGCAACACACUUUUUAGAUAGGCGCCAUUUCGUGACACAGUAAUUCAGUUUUACUAACCCUUUCCAGCCCUGGGAGAAGCAUGGGGAGCGUUUGCACGACACACCUACACACUGCAGCUGACACACUAACGUGUUGCGACACACAGUUUGGAAAGCUCUCUUCUAGAUGCUUCUGUGCAAGCACAGGCCUAUCACCAGUCCAAGAAAAUUGGAUUCUGCCCAUUACUCUCCAGUUAUCUAUCAUGAGAUUCUGGGUAACCCUCAUAUUGUGUGAAAUGGAAUCCAGAACACAAAUUCCUGCUUCCAACCAGAUUUGGGAAAUAGUUACAGAUGUUCAAUGCCAAACUGACUAUCCAGGUCAAAAAAUCUAGUUCCUGCAAAUAAUUUUCAAAGCAGAAUCCAAUGCUCACUAACUGUUUUUAUCUGGACCAGCUUUUGCUGUUGAGAGUUGAGCUAGUAAGACAUUAAGAUUGUUCUUAUAACACAUCUCUACAAUUCAGUACUUGUCUCAUUUGAAUAGUUAUUUACAUAUAUGUUUGCUUUUAAAUUGUUCACCUGCCACACAUCCUAGGUAUAGAGAAAACAACAAAUUAAUCUAAGCAUUUGUGGAAUUAAUUUCAUUCUUUGUUUCAGCCCCCACACCCACGCAGGCGUGCGGAUGUUUUGGUUGAUAAUUUCCAUUUGUAGGACUGCCACAGAAUAUGUUAUAUCCUUAAAAGCUAAGCAUUAUGAGCUUUGCAUGGGGUAAAAGUGAAGGGAUAAAGUUAAGAAAACAUUUUAAUGGUAGCACAAAGCCAGAUGUUCAUUUUUUUAAAUUUUUUUUGUAUUUGGGUAGUGGGGGAAAGAUCAAUGGCUGACUCAUUAUAAUCAUUGUCCAUUAAGUUGCAUUUAUAUGCAUUUAUAUGUCAACACAAAAAAACCUUCUCUUAGGAAUUAUUACAGCAGAAAGAUUAACCUGCUUUCUUAAUGGCGAUUUAUAUUGAUAUUAUGUCCUGCUCUGGUACCAUUUUCUCCCCAGAUUAGAUAAAGAGAACACUAUACAGAAUCAGCCUGAGGGUUGGAUGUGCUAAUUUCUGUGUAUAGAUCCAAACUGAGAAUUAACCACUGUAGAAGUAUAAUACAUGCCACCAAAGUGAGGAAGACUGUAAUCGCAUGACCUGUAUGCUUGCUCAGUCUCCUGUCCAAGUGCUAACAGCUGAUGGACAACUUCAAAGUCCUUUUUUUCCCUUCUUAUGGUUCUAUAUCUUUAAAUAGCCCUUCAAACAGAGCACAUGUUUUCAUCCUAGCUGAGGGAUACAUUAACAUUCUAGCACUGGAUGCACUAAAGAAAGCAAACCAAUUUGGAUACCUCGAAGCAAUUGAGACAGGCACAGUGUAUUGUAGACUGGAAGGUUCUAUAAGCUUUUGAUGGUCAUUUCUGUUUAGGAAGUGUAACAUCUAACCACAUGGCUCAUAGACUCCAUUACAACAGGGUGCUGGACUAGAUGCCUUUGGUCUAAUCCAGCAGGGUUCUUAAAUAAAAUUUCAAGCUCUGUCUUCAAAACCAAAUAAUACUCUUGGUAAACAAGGAAGUAGUACAGCUGAACUGCAUCAACAGAUGCAGCUGAAAACAUGAAACUGUCGAGUCAGGUCAUUGGCCCUUCUGACCCUGUACUGUUUCUUCUGACCUGUAGUGGCCCUCCAAAAUCUCAUUAAGAGGGUAUUUCUCAGCCCUGCUACCAGCCUAUGCUGGAGAUAGCAAGUACUGCACUGAGGACCUUGUACGUUCAGUGUGUUCUCUAUAACUGAGCUUUGGCUCCUUCUAAGUUCUGAUUUGUACGAGUCAGAGGAUGCGACUCGCUGCAAACGUUGGGAUUUACUGAAUAAAUGAAAACUUGUAAAAAUGCUUUGGUUAAAGUAUAUCAUAGCUGAAAGCAGCAGCUUCCUCCUCAAAAUCUCUCAUAAAUUUAUUACCACUUAAUCAGGAAAGCUGUAAUUUGUCCUCAGAUGUGAACUAUAAUUACCAUUUCCACACACAUUGCACUAGUGUGUGUGUUUACAUGUGUGUAUUCUUAGAUCUAACCAACAGCUCUGCUUUACUUACUUUCAGAAGGAGAAACCUUAAUAUCUCCAAGAUUCCAAUGAAUUGCCAAACACUUCAUCAUCAUCUAGUUUUCCAGUCGAGACAAAUGCUUGUUACCCUAUAAUGCAGCCAGAGAUCAUUUUUGCCAUCUAUGCUACUUACACAAUUUAAGCAUUUUUAUUGAUGGGCUGGAAAUGAUUUUCUGCAUAUGCGGUAAGUAAGCUUAAUUUUCUGAUCUUUUCUCAUUAAUCACAGAUUUUCAUAGGGUAAUGAAAGCUCUUUUUUCCUUGUGGUGCUGUGUGGGAUUAAAGGGAUUAAAUGUUUGACAUCACUCUUUUGUCUGUGCAAGAGCUCCACUGAAGAGUACAGUGAGUGGGUGUUAAAACACUGGACUAAGAACACACCCAGAGACAACGAAAGAAUGGAUGGAAAUGGGAAUAAGUUAAAUAUAUUGUUUUGCUUAAUAGAGUCCUAAAGGGAAAACGGCAGCAUCUGGAUAGCAAUACCAUCAGAUGUGGUAUGACGCGGAUUUUAAGGAUUUAUAAAAUUUCAAGAAUAAGUGGAUACUUCGAAGAAGAAUGAAAACUGGGAUGUUUUUGCCUCUCCUAUAUUGCAGUGCCUCGUAUUAUUUGCAUCCUCUUCAUCGUAUGUUGUUUCUUAAUAACUGGAGAAUGAAACCUUACUAAUGUGGGCUGAUUGAAUCGGUUUUACUCCUGUGACUUGAAGACAUGAUCCUUGCAAUAAAACUGUUGCUCCUCACCUGUAUAUGGCCUACUUCUCUUUUAAUCAGUCACAGUGAUCAUCAUCACCAUUACCACCACCACCAUCCUCAAAGGUCAUUCAUGAAAAGACAUAACAGGUGAGCAAAAUGGUCACUGGGCAUCAUGGCUGCUGUUCUGUUUAUGUGCACUCUGUAUGUCUGCCGCCAUCCCAAAGAUGACUUGCUCUUGGUUUGAUCCGAAGGACUGUUCUUGUGUCCAUCGAGGAACAGAAACAGAACAAUGCAUUCAUAUAAACAAAGCUAGUAAAAUUUCCUUUUCUACAUUACAUAUAUGUAUAUUGUGCAUGGUCCUAUAUAUAGCAUAUAGUGAUUUAUAUGUUUACUAUACAAUAAUUAUUGGGUGCAAAAAUACAGCAAUGGAAAAUAGAGAUGUAAAAUGCUAAAAAGCUAAGGUGAUUGUUUAUAAAAGCUUAUUUCUUUUCUGUAUGACAUAUUUAGCUCUAAGCCAGUGUUAUAUAUAAUUUUUAUAUUACAUUUGUUUCCCUAAAUGUCAGUGGUAGUAGCUAUUUGUUUCUAAAAGCAAAGGAAGUAUAUAAUUAGGAUUUUUUAAAAUCAGUCUCAAAUCUGAUUUUAAUCAUGUUACAGGAGCCUUUCAUUUGGAAUAUAGUUAACUGUGUUAUAAUACGUGGAAUUAUUUUAACAGCGUCUCUAAAUCCCAGCCUUUAAGCUAGUUAAUAUAUUUUAUUCAGUUUCUAGUUGAAUUCCUGAACUUAGACUUUAGCUCUACAUUGCAGUUUUAGAACACAGUAUCCAGGAAAAUGAGAGCAAAUCCUAGUCACAAGAAAUAUAAUUCAGGUUGGGAGCUGUGUGCUUUGUGGAGGAAGAACAAAAUAUAGAGCUUUUCAAUGAUGUUUCCAACAGAUUGUGCUCAUAAACCACAAUCUAGGGAGAGUCGACAAUUUUCAGAAGUAGGUUGUUAUAUAUAGCUUGCUUCCUUUUCUCUUCCUCAAGCAUCCGCUUCUAAAGCCUGCUUCAGGUGGGAGAACAGAUAAAUACCGAUCACCUGGGGAGAGGGAAAUGAGGGAGGAGACAAUCACCUCAUUGUUUGUUAGUCAGAGGGAGGCUUUAUGCAUGUGGCACUAGACAUGUAUAGUUUGUCUGAAAUGGAAGAAAACCUUUAAGUAAAUGCAAGUAGAGAUUACAUAAUAAUGGAUGUAUUUAUGAAAAUUCAGGGGCUUGUAAUGAUCCCUGAGGUGAAGAGCAUAGUUCUAGACCCAAAGGUUACUGCUAUUUAAUGUAUUUUGUGAAAUGAAUCUGUUAUCUUGGAUUUUUUACCAGUGGAGAAGAUACUACAGUUAAAAGGCAGGCCAGUGCCAGGUUUAACUUUGGACCAAGCUAGACCUGAUGACAAAUGCACCUUUGCAUUUAGUGUGUACAUUAAAAAAAAUGCAAAUAGCAUCAGAUGAGGGGGUGCACAGCUGGACAAACCCUAUGUAGUCUUAUUUAGGGAUAUAUUUCCCACCCUAAUUAUUUGGUGUAGGAUCUUAUAACUGUGUCUACCCUUUGUCAUCAUUUUGUCAUCAGCAUACCUGGUCAUCUAAAAUGAGAUACAGAAAACAUCUGGCACAAAACAUCUUGAAACAGGGUAUAAUGUGGGACACCACACCUUUUACGAAUAACAAACUAAAGGCAUGCAUUAUGGAGUAGAGUUAUCCACUGGCCAAGAUGAAAGUCAUUGGAAGCUCUGGAAAUGCAGUGGAGUUAGUGUUUGUUCAAUGGACUAUUGUGGAGUUGGCAAUGCUUAUUUCAUAGGGCUGGAAUAUUUUGAAAUAAGGCAAACUUUUUGACAUUUUUGACCACCCUAGAACAGGUGUGAUAAUCUGAUAUUUAUGGAGGGAAAGCAUCUAGGUGGGGAGACAAGGGCAUCCUUUUGAAGAGUGCUAGCUAUAGUGCUUUGUGUGGAAGACUGUAACUCAGGGGUUACAGGAAUAUCUGCUUUGCAUGCAGAAGAUCUAAAGUUCAAUCCCUGCCACCCCCAGUUAAAAUUAUUAGGUAGCCGGAGACAAGAGCAAUCUCCUCCUGAGACCCUUAAGUGCUGUUAUCAGUCCAAGUAUAUAAUACUGGACUAACUCAACAAGUAGCCUCUUCUGAUGCAAGACAUCUUCCUGUGUUCCUGCUAACUCAUACAGUUAUAAGUGAAGUCAGCAUUUUCCCAUGAUCCUAUUUAGGGAGCAAUCCUAACUUCCCUGAGUGAGCAACUGAGGGGCUGCUGGAUGUUGCAGACCUCCCUCUUGGUUCACGGAGGUCACAGACGGAUGAAGUCUGUUGUUUCUGGAGGUUUCCUUAGUGCAGCAGCAGAAAGCGCAGCCAAGAUUUCUCUUUCACUGUCUGUGUUCCAAUUUGUGGUAUGAGAAUAGAAAGGGCAUGUUGGGGUGGAUAGGAGGCCUUAGAUCAGCAGGAUCCAACACCCUCCUGUUCUCUUGACACAUGCAUCAAAAGGGGGGGAAACUGUAGCCUUAGAAACCAAUGGGACCAAUGAGAGGGUUUUUUUAAUAACUAAGGAUAGAUUAGAAGGUGCCCCUAUCUUUAACUUGCUAGGGAUUAAGAAGUGGUAGUUCCUUCACCAUGGAGUCCCCCCCCCCACCUCCCUGCCCCUAUAGGAUUGCUCUGCCCAUCAUAUUCAUUUCAGACACAGCUGUGAGUUUAAAACCAAAAUGUUAAUUCAAAGCAAGGCUGCAGGGCAACAUGGUGGCAUCCGUGAAGCCCAUUGUCUGCUGCUUAUGACGCAUCUGUGUGUAUAUAUGGGUUACUCAAUAUUUCCUCGAACUUCCGGUGGUGAACUCAAGCUCUCAGAUCAUUCACAAUUUUCCUCUGAAAGAGCCACAGCAGUCCUGAUUACGUAAGCCAAAUGCUCCGCUUAACUCAGGAUUUGCAGAGUAAGUUGGAGCCAUAAUAAAGAAAUCAAUUUCUAAGUACUCAUUAUAUUAACAUUCAGUUACGUGCGACCAGGAAUGACCUUUGGGGGGGGGGUUUGAGCAUGUGACUCUAAAAGGCUCUCAUGUGACAUAGCUAGCACCGGAGAUUUGGGAUAUAGAAUCCAAGUGAUCAAAUUGAUAUGCACUAAGGGCACAAUCCUCUAGUGAUGACUCUGUGACUGAUUUCCAGUUAAAUUAACAGAAAAUAUGGACAAGCUAGGAAAUACACAAGUGACAGGAAAGUGGAGGUAGUAAUUUAGAGGCUCUUCCAAGGGCUUUUCCAGACACGCUUAUGUCCCAUUGAUAUUGUUUUGUAUGAAACCUGUCCGUUGCCAUGAUUGGCCCAACCAUAGAGGUGAACUAGGCAACUUGUGUGCCAGCAUUUCAGGCUGCCUGUUUCAGUAAUGCUGUUUGUCCUGGGGAAAGGGCUACUGCCAAUACUUUUUGUCCAUUCUCUAGAUGACAUUGGCUGCAUUCCAUGGGGUUUGACUAAGGGGGUUUCUGAUCACCAUUGGUGAUGAAUUCACAGAUGUUAAAAAUGAAUGUAAGAAAACAAGGCUGCUUUCCUUAAUGUGCUGCCGUUAUACUGCUUAGCAUACAGGAAGAAACAAGGGGGGUAUAUUUUAUUUUGCCCAGGGCAGCAAGAAACUCUGGCUUGGCUCUGGCAUUCCAUUAAAGGAGUACUUCUGAUGUACCUGAGACCUUGAGCAACCACUGACAGAAUAGGUAAUACUGGUCCUGGUGGACAAAAGGUGCUUUCAGAAAGGAGCUUAUAUAAAAAAAACAGAGGAAGGGCAAUAAUAGCCAGUCAUGCUUAAAGGCAAACAAACAGAGAAUAAUAGAUAAAUAAAUAAACCUAAUGCACAAUCAACCUGUAUAUACAGCUGUAAUAUAACACCACAUUCAAAACCUCCUGCCUUGGGCUGUGUGCAAGCAGAGAAGAUGCAACUUUCCCCAAGGCAGCUUUGCCUGAGUUACCUGCAGGAUGGGGCAGCACUGGCAGCAGCCAAAUUUGUGGGCAUGUCCCAUAUGGUCCGGAGCUUCUGGCAUUACCAGAGUAGUGUAUGAAGUAGCCACACUGCCCUGGAUUGUCUCCCAUGCUGUUGAAGUAAUGUUCAGAAUGAUCCCUUGAAGUGAAUGAAAUUCAUGAAUACUGCAUCCAAUGAAUAGGAAUUUUGUCCACAUUUUUUGUUUGGGGGGGGCAGUGCAGGGAGUUGAAUUACUGAAAUCAGUCCCUCUUCAACACGGUACAGUCUCAUCAUAGAAGGAAGAACCACACUGUAGUUUGCCUGUUCGACCUUCCUCCCUCUCCCUCCCCCCCCCUCUCUCACACACAAUUUCUACAGGAGCCACUUCCCUGUCCUGCUAUCUGAAACACUUGACAGUGAAUUAUUGAGAAAAGUAUGCAUAUGUGAAGUUAUUAAUAAAACUUAAGGCACCUGUUGCUUGACUCCCCCUAAUUGUAACCAAAUCUUGCCCUAUCAGUAUUCUAAAAUCAGUAGAUAAGGGUUGCCGCCCUUCCCCCCUCGGAUUUGAGCAUUGUAAUAACAACAGCCGCAUGUGGUCGAUGGAUCACAUGGGUUUUCCCCACCUAGGGUUGUCCUAUGUCUGGGAAAACCUGGCUAUAUCCUCCUUUUGGGGGCCAACAUGCCCAUCUGGGUGGGUUUUUACAUUUUAAAGGAAAAUUCCAGGUUUGGAGUGGGUGGGUUUUGAGCUCAGGUGGCUUGGGCUGCUCUGCACGCCGUGGCCACUGCCAGCCCAAACCAAGGAAAAGAUGCAGUGACAGCAGCCUCACACACCUCUUUUCCUGGCUCGGCCUGGCAGCAGCACAGUCCUCUUUUUUUCUCUUCAAGAUAUGACAACCCUAAAUUAGCACCUCACUGGCUCUGCCCAUACCUUCUUGAAAUUCAUUGUUCUAGCAGCCAUUUGGAAGGCAAGGCAGAUUGUUAUUUUAAACUGACCUGUUUAUAUCAUUCUAUUGCUCUGUGGUUAUAGUAUGGUACACUCUGAUUGAAUUGUUCUGCUUUUAGUGAUACUCAGUUUUAAUUGUUGAUUAAAACAGCAACUCCUAUAUAGAUCACCCUCAGAAACCUCUGGCAACAUGUAGUGGGGUAUACAUUUAAUUAUCUAUUGUUAUUGCAGCAAACGAGAAAUUAAGAUGAGGAAAAUUGACAGCACCAAAGUGCGGCCCAUGAAAUCUGAGCAGCUUCUCCGUAUAGAGGACCAUGAUUUUGCAAUGAGACCUGGCUUUGGAGGUAAGUAAAUUUGCCUUUUCAUACUUGUUAAUUGUUUUUUCUCAUGCAGCAAACUGCUUGAGCCUGGGCCAAAGAGGUCAUUUAAAAAGAGAAUGGUAUGUUUAACUCUAUUUCUUCUUCCCCAAGGUUCAAAAAUUGAAAACAACUUGUGAUAAACACUACUUGGUAUUUAAUUUCUAGCACUAGCAAAUCUUCCAAAAGAAUACUUUGCUAAAGUAAGGACUGCCUAGUUUCUUUUGAUUCCUGUCUUACACCUACCAUGGAACCUGUGUGUUUUACCUAAGGAUGGAGAUAGACCUGGGUAACAGCCAUGGAGAAUUCAGCCACUGUUACCUUUAUUGUUCUCUGCAGGUGUUGGUGCAAGCUAAUACCUACAUAGCACUCAAAAGGGCCACAUUUGAAUGUCUGCUACCUCCUCUCCAAUUCUGUGUUACUCCAAGACUUCAACUAACAUCUGCCCCCAUUUCCUCUCACCCCAUUUGCUGGUUUACCAUCUAGCAUGAAUUGAAGAGUUCUGGAGAACUCAAAAGGUUGCAUACUAUUUUGUGAUAUUUUACUGAUAAUAAGGCCUACUUUACAGGGCUGUUGUAACAAUGCGGGUAACAUGUUGCAGGGUAGAGUGCUGCUGUUCAAACUUUUAGCCAGUUCAGCCAAGUCUUUAUCCAGGGUAUAUUACAUUUCAUUCCCCACAUCCAGCAUCUGUGUCCACUGAUCCUUGGAUGAAGGAUGGCAUAUACAAUCAAUCAAUCAAUCAAUCAGUCAGUCAGUCAAAGAUAGAUAGAUAGAUAGAUAGAUAGAUAGAUAGAUAGAUAGAUUUGAUUGAUUGAUUGUAAGACUGUGCUGAAUUCUCCUCCCCCAUGUGUUUUUUCUGUAUAUAUUUUCUGCAAAACUUUAUACACAAAACCUCAAUGCAGUUUACAAAAAGAUAAAACAAUAAAAUCAAUGAAACUUCACAAACAUACUUUAAAACAUACAAUAGUUAAAAUACUAAAACAGAUUAAAAUUACCUCAACUUUCUAAGCAUCUGGGUAGACAUGUCUAAACAAUAAUGUUUUUAGCAGGCACUGAAAAGAAUACAGUGAAGGUGCCUCCUCAAUCUCAAUAGGCAGGGAGUUUCAAAGUGCAGGUGCUCCCACACCAAACAAUCAAGUCCUUACAAAUGUGGAAUGGGUAUUAUGUGGUACAUGUAGUGGUGCCAGUUCUGCUGAUCUAGGCAGUCAAGUGGACACAUGUGGGGUACAGUGAUCUUGUAGGUAAACUGGUUCCAAGUUGUUACAGGCUUUAUACGCUAAUAGUACUAGAUUGAACUUGGCCCAGUAGCAAAUCAGCAACCAGUGUAGAUCUCUGAGCACAGGUGUUAUAUGCUGACAAGGGCUCACUCCUGCCAGCAAUCGUGCUGCAGCAUUUUGUACUAACAGCAGCUUCUGGAUCAAGCAUGAGGGAAGCUCCACAUAGAGUGCAUUGCAGUAAUCUAGUCUUGAAGUAACCAACACAUGAAUUACUGUUGCAAGGCUUUCCUGGUCUUUCCACAUUUAUUCAGGCUUGAUUUCCUAGAAUUUUUUAAAAAUGAAAAGCCAAAGUUCAAGGAAAUGCCUGUUUAUUUAUAGAGCGCCAUCAACACACAUGGCACUUUCUGGAGUGCAAGAGGGCGGGUUCCUGCCCUGAGGAGUUUACAUUCUAAAAUUUGACAUGGGGAACAUGGUAUCUUGAUCCCAUUAGCUGGCAGUAGCUGCAGAAGCAAAAUGAUGGUGUACUUGCACAACUAUUGUGGCAUCCUGAACCCAGCACAGCCAUUUGAUGAUUUUUAAAGAUAUCCUGCAAGGACAGAAACUGAUGCAGUAAACAAUUUUAUGUUUAGCGUUUUCAUUAAAAAAUGCAACCAAAAUGCUCAGAGGCUUGUAGCAAUUCCCCUAGAAGGAAAGAACAACAUUUGGACUUUUUAGUCAGGAAAAGAAGGCAAGUAAGAGGGGAAAUGAAGAAAUUUAUAAAAUUAUGUAUGGUGUGAAGAAAGAGAAGGGUUUUUGUUUUGUUUUUCACCUCUCAUAAUAACAUUAGAAUCUGGAGUCCUGCAAUGAAGCUGAAUGGACCCAUGAAAUGAUGCUAUUUCUUCACAGUCACAGCUCAUUGCACAACUUCUGUAAUUCACAGCGACGAGUUAUGGUGAUAGCCACCAGCUUAAAUGGCUGUUAAAGAGGACUGGACAAAUUUAUGGCAAAUAAGGCUGCUAGACAUCAUAGAUGCUAUUUUCAGGACCAGAAGCCUCAUGACUUUAAAUACCAAUUGCUGGGGAGCCUAAGUGGAAGCAGGCUAUAGCACUCAUGUUCUGCUUUGAGGUUUCCCAUAGACAUCUGGUUUGCUACAAUGGGAACAGAAGGCUGGACUGGACGGGUCUUUGGUCUGAUCCAGCAACACUCUUAAGUGCUUCUUUCUGGAUCCUGCGGGAGAAAAAUCUAUGACCCCCUCCCCUGUUUUCAGGUUUUGAGAGAGAAAAUUCAGUUUUGAUUUGUGAAUUGUAGAAGACCAUAUGUACUCUGAAACAAUGGAGAAAUCUGAAGCAAUGCCAAAACCUUAUUAAACUAAGUGGUUAAACUUUUCUGAAUGGCUUUUAGAACCACCACUCUCUGAGCAGGUUUUCGUUAACAAAAGAAAUAUAUGUGUUUCACAUAUCUUCUAGUUUGGUCUUUAAUGACAAUCUUGCUGUAAGAGGGUUUUACAAGGUGCAUACUUACUUUUAAUUAUUUAAAGCAGUUUUUUUAAUAAAAAAAAUUUCACAUACAUCCAUUUCAUGGUUGGUACUUCUCUUUUCUUUCUUUUUGAAGGUUCUGUUAAACUCUCUGAUCAUCACAUUUAUUCUCUUUGUUAUGUUCAAGGGUCACCAAUACCAGUGGGCAUUGAUGUGCAAGUGGAGAGUAUUGACAGCAUUUCAGAAGUUGACAUGGUAAGCUUUUCAUUAUUUCUCUACAGCUGUACUAGUAUCCAGAAGUUUGACAAAAAUGACUAGAAAUCAGAUGUCAAAAGACACAGAUUUUAGAAAGCAAACUCUGCUCUUCAAAUAUUGAUGUACCCUUGCUCACUUUGCUUGCCAAUCCAGCCCCAAGUGAUACCCCACUGGAGUUUCCUCUUCCCAUCCCAUGCAACUACUAAAACUCCUCACCUUCCCAACCUUAUUUUUGAAGCUCUUUCUCUCUUCUGUUCUGCAGCCCCACUUUGCACCCCCUUUUCUGCCUUAACCCCUCUUUUGUGCAACCCUCCUUUGCACACAGUCUAUCCCCUUACCAAUUACUUCUCCUUCUCUCAAGUUUUCUUGCCCACUGUCACCAGAGCCCUAAAACUGUUGCACACAUGCAUACACAUCUACCUUCCUCCCUACCUCCCAUAUUCCCCAUCAUUCCUCCAAAUGCUACCUCCCACUCCGUUCCACAUGCCUCUGCCCCAAUUCCUCCCUUCUCUUCCCACCCCCUCACCAUCAGAGAACUAAAACUGUCCCACACACAGAGACCUUCCUCCCACAUUACAUUAACUAUAGACAUGAGUCCCCUCCUUUUUCUUGCUUUCCCAUCCUCCUUCCCCUGUUCCUGCCUUUAGAAUCUUGGGAAAUAGCCCAUGAAAGCAGUGUUAUGGCAGACUACAUACAAUGUGGUUUAUUGUUUAUAUAUUCCUCUUUAUUUUCUUUAUAUAAAGGACUUCACCAUGACUUUAUACCUCAGACAUUACUGGAAAGAUGAGAGGCUGUCAUUUCCUAGUACCAGAAACAGAAGCAUGACUUUUGAUGGAAGACUAAUAAAAAAGAUCUGGGUACCUGAUAUAUUUUUUGUCCACUCCAAAAGAUCUUUCAUCCAUGACACAACUAUGGAGAACGUUAUGUUACGUGUCUACCCAGAUGGAAAUGUGCUCUUUAGCUUACGGUAAGCACAAUGCUCUCCUUAUCUUCCAGUCGCAGGAAACAAACAUAAAGGUGAGAAGAAUCACUAGCUCAGGGAUAGACAGUGUGUUGCCCCCCAGAUGUUGCUAGACUAUAACUGCCAUCUUCCCUAUUUGCCAUGCUGGCUGGGACGGAUGGGAGCUGCAGUCCAGCAGCAUCUGGAGCACAUGGGGUUGACUACCUCUGCGGUAGCUCAUUCUGAUCCUUGCAGAAAUUAUAGGCAUUGAAGGUUUAUUCACAUGGCACUUAGAGCCCAUGGCAUAGUUGGAUCAUCAGCUGUCUGCUGAGUUUCAGCUUCAUGGCCACAGGUUCAGAAACCUGGGUGGCUCAGGUUUUGUUGCACUAUUUCUGCUAUUCCUGUCUUCUCCCACUUUAGUCCAUCCAGUCACAGAGCUCUUCAGCUACCUCUACCCUCUGAGGUAAAGUGGUGACAAUCAGGAAGAGCCUUUUUAGUGGUCAUCCCGCCCGCCCCCCCCCCUGUCUAUGGAAUACCCUCACCAGGAAAGCUUGCCUGGUGCUCACUUUGAUGUCAUUUCAACAGGAGGGAAUUAAAAAAUAAUAAUUUCCCCCAUGGUUUCCCCCCCUUUUAAACUGUUGAGAGCCAGAUCCACCCCACCAGCUCCUUUUGUUGAAGGGGAAUAGGCCAUUGCUGCCAAAAGGCUUGCAACAGUUGGGGAAAUUGUGCUCCUCCAUGAGUUUUCAUAAUUUUUCACUUGAUAUAUAUUACUUCUCUAGAUACUAAAAUGAUUAGGCCAAAAUAUUGAGCCAAAAAUAAAAACAUAAGACCCCCAACUGGAAUCCCUCAUUCAUUGACCUUAAGGCUCUCAUACAUAAUGAAAAUGUUGAUAUGAACAGUAAAGCCUAUCCCUUUGUUUUGCUUUAUUGCUUUUCUGACAGAAUAACAGUUUCUGCCAUGUGCUUCAUGGACUUCAGUAGGUUCCCACUUGACACUCAAAACUGCUCUCUAGAACUGGAAAGCUGUAAGUGUGGCUCAGCUAUGGUAUUGUAUGUUCUACAUGUGUGUGUUUUUAAAUAGGAAUUAUUAGAAGUACCUUACCUAUACUGUAUUUUAAAGGCAUAUGGCGUCUUAAGGACUUGGGGGGGUCUUCAAAUAUUCUUCUUGGGAACUAGAUUAGUAAAAAGCAAUGAAUAUUUAUAAAAGGAGACAGAACACUCCCCCUCCAUAAGCAAAGAGGGAACUAUAUUGGAAACCUCUGUCAUUUCAUAUGUUUGGUUUCGCUUAGGUAUAAUUUUGUAUACCUUAUUUGCUAUGUAGUAAAUGGCUGUGGUCUGUCUGAGGACUGUGGUAGCAUAGAAGAGGAAGGUGAUGAAUGGCGAUUUUAAUGAAACACAAAGGUUUCUAGAGGACAAAGUCAGAAUCUGUCAUGCCAUAGCAUCCCUCUCUCUCAGGACAUCUUUUUCCUGGUCAUCAGAGGCGGCACACCAGGCCAUGUUAAAGCAUGAGCAAGCCUUACCCUAUUACUCCACCAAGUUUCUUAAGUUAAAGAGAACCAUCCUGUGACAGUGACAGGUUCAAGGGAGGGUGACAAGGAUAGUAAAGGGUCAGGAAACCAUGUCUUAUGAGGAGCAGUUGAAAGAGCUCAAUAGGCAUAGCUGGGAGAAGAUAAGAUUAACAGGAGUUUGAUAGCAACAGGCAAGUUUAUCUGCCAUACAGAAGAUGGAGCAGACUUGUUCUCUGUUGCUGCAGAGAGAGGAACUAGAACCAAUGGGUGGAAAUUGCAGGGAUGCAGAUUUCAGGUAAACAUUAGGGGAAACUUCCUAAUAGUAAGAGCUGUUCAGUGGUGAAACAGAUUGCCUUGGGAUGCAGUGGGCUUACUGUAGACCAGGGGUCAGCAAACUUUUUCAGCAGGGGGCUGGUCCACUGUCCAUCAGACCUUGUGGGGGGCCGGACUAUAUUUUUUUGGGGGGUGUGUGUGUGAACGAAUUCCUAUGCCCCAUAAAUAACCACACAUUAUACUCAUGUAAAAACACCAGGCAGGCCCCACAAAUAACCCAGAGAUGCAUUUUAAAUAAAAGCACACAUUGGGCUGGAUCUGGCCCCCGGGCCUUUGUUUGCCUCCCCAUGCUGUAGAUUAUUGAAAAUCAAAUUGGUUAUAAUCCCCUCCCCUCGCUUACCUUGCCCACUGUUAUGGGCUUCAUAUGAAAGGAAUGAAUCAAGCAGCCAAGCUGUCUUCCUGUUCAGAGUCUGGUGUUUUCAAAUGCUAUCUAGGUAAUACAAUGCGAGUUAAGGUGUAAAUCAAGAGGAAAAAGAGUCACAGGCCAGUGAUAGUCUGUUAAGUUUAUUUAUUUAUUUUCCCACAGAUGCCUACAAUGAAGAAGAUUUGAUGCUGUAUUGGAAGCACGGCAAUGAAUCUCUUAGCACAGAUGAGCACAUUUCCCUUUCCCAGUUCUUCAUUGAAGAAUUCAGUGCUUCUAGUGGGCUAGCAUUCUACAGCAGUACAGGUAUAGCGCCUGACAGACAGUAAUAGAUUUUCUUGUUCUAUCUAAAUUCCUUUUGAUCUUAGCAAAGAAUAGCAGUCAGUGGAAUGGUUGUUACGAAGGAAACCAGUUCAAAAGAUUCUUUUCCACAUCCGCAGUGCAUGUAUCUAUAUUUUGAUUUUCCUAUUAAUUUUUCUAUGUGACACAUGCAUUUAUUUAUUUAUUUUGGUAUAUCUAAGAGACCUAGAGCCAUUUCACGAUUCAUACUGAAUUUUGAUUGUUUCAUCUACCCCCACUGUGCACGGUCUGUAUAGAAAAUUAGAAGAGAACUGUAAAAGGAACUGAAAAUAAUUGAAAUUUUAAUGCCUCUGUAUCACCAUAAAUUACAUAGGGGAAAGGAGCAUUAAGAAGUAUGUUAGUCUGAAAUUAAUUGCCUCACAAAUUUUAGAACUUUAUAUACAAAGGCUAGAAUUGAAAGUGUUAUUAUGUUCAUGCUUCAGGUCAAUGAACAGCAGAACCCCAUUGCAUAUUGCAAACUGAUUGUGGAAUUACCCCAUUUCAAAUGGGAUUUGUAGGAGUUGGAAGAGAGGGCACUUAUGUUUGAAAAACACAAGUCUAGCAAAACAAUCCUAUGCAUGUUUGCUUAAAAAGAAGUCCCACUAUAUUCAGUGGAGCUUGCUCCCAGGGACCUGUGAGUAAAAUUGUAGGCCAAAUCUUUUUUGGGCAUACAGAACCAAUUGCAUAUUUCUUUGCAUCCAGGCCAUUCUAAUUUUGUUUUUAUGCUGCAGUGAAUAGGUAGGUUUUUAAUUCUCCCCGUGCUAACCUGGUGUAAUCAUAAUAUACAUAUUAUUCUGGAUAUAUUACUUUCCUAUAUUCAGGGAGGGUGGGAUGUUCCUGUUCAUCAUAUGCGCUCUUCUGUAAGCAACAACUUUCCGAAACUUAGGAUGAAGAAAGACAACAUUUCUAUUGGGUUGAAGAAGGGCCAAGGCUAGAGCUUUAUUCUCAAUGCAAAUAUCAUUGUGUAGAGGGCCCUAUUCAGACCAGGUCCUCAGUAAGGGAGUGGAGGGCUAAAGCUCUCUACCCCUCACAGCAGGUUCAUGAUCCAGGUCAACUCCCUGCAUCUGCAAUUUAUUUUUUAAAAGGAAUUCAUGCAAUUACUUAUUGUAGGAAUGGUGUCACAUCUGGCUUGACUCUAAAACAUACACUUUUUAGUGUUAAAUUUCUAUAUGAAGAUAUGCUAGAGCACAAGCCUGUCUGAAUGUCAUGCUUUAUAACCUGGUAGUCUAUAAGCUUUACACAAGUUCAGGAUCAGUGUAUACCCUAGCUCAUUGUUCACACAGCCAAUUAACUCAUAGGGAUUAAGAAAGUGAAGAACCACGAUCCAACUUCUACUUAGUUUAAAAAUCCUUGACUACCUGCCAGUAAAUUGUGGUUGAUCAAUAUAAAAUAUUUUAUACACAGAACAAUUUCCUCAAACUUUUAGAUACAACUAAUUUAAUUGUACAGUACUUUUGCUGUAUUGGCUGCAGUAAUAGAGGAACAGCUUUGACUUAAUAUUGAUAGUGUAACUUCCCCCCCCUCAAAAAGUUCAAAAUAGAAGUAACAAUGCUUGUGAUCUGAAUGAUUAAAAGUAGAAAAGAGUGAUUUAGGCUGCAAUCCUAUACCUACGGUACUUAUUGGAAGUCAGACCCACUGAACUCCAAGAGGCAUACUUCUGAACAGACAUGUACAGAACUGCACUAUAUUGGCCAUUAAAGUUAGCCAAUAUGAUUACAUAUUUUAAAAUCUCACUUGGAAAAGUUAAGUUGGAAAUAUGUGGGAGACUUAUACCUUUAGAGCACAAUCCAAACUCCCGAUCUACUGGGCGAAGGUUUGGCUGGGACUUGAGAGCUCUCUCUGCCCAGCCCAGAACAGUCCAGAAUCAAGCAUCACUCUGCUGGCAUGGAGCUCCCUGUUCCACUCACCAAAAACACAGUCAGUGGAAAUACUGCAACAGGCUUCCUGUGGCUGGUAGCCCAUAGAAGGUUGGACAGGGAGGGACUGAGCCAACCUAUCGUCUGUUGGAUCCUGAGCCAGCUCUACUGCAAUCAUUUGACAGCACAGAGCUUAAUUCAGAUAUAAUUGCUAUGCCAGCUGCAGGUUGGUGGCACCUGGAGCCAACUUUUGCCUGCCUCUGCUUUCCACCCCAGCUAGCAUGAGCAGUGGGGCUGCAGAUACAGAUUCAGAUUGCUCUGCCAAGUAGGAUUAUUAGAGUAGAAUUUCUACUACAAUAUAAUGCAAUGUGAUUUUAAUUAUAAAAGCAGGCUUUUAUUUUUGAAGCUAUGUUUUUCUUCCUUUAACAGCAUGUGUGCUGUUCCUGCAGAAUUAUGCAAUGAUUCACUAGAUGGCACUGUCUCCUGUGCGGUGCUGUUGAUUCAGUAGUCGGAUGCUUCGUUUAACAGCAAAAAAGUGAAGCCAAUGAAGAAACAAGAACAAAUAUAACCUGAGAAUUUAUUAUUAUGAAAUAUCCCUGAAGCAUUUUCAUAAUGGUAGUACUAAUCAUGCAAGACAUGAUUAAUCAAAUUCCUGGUGGAUUAACUGCAAUUCUGUUGUUAGCCUGUACUUGUAUAGCAUUUUUUAAAUUCCCAUCAAUUAGUGGUGUUUUUGAUCUUCCAAAGCCAUUACUUUAACAAAGGAACUGGUUAUAGAUUCUACCCCACAUACACAGGAUCACAGGUUUCGAAAGGACCCACCUAUAACACUAUUUAAAUAGGUAAAGGAGGUGGUAAAUGUAUGCAUAUUAAUAAGUCACAGUUCAGUGGAGGGAGAACAGAAUGUGGAUGUUAAGGAAUAUAUUUACAUAUUUCAACAGGCUGGUACAACAGACUCUUCAUAAACUUUGCCCUGAGGAGACAUAUUUUCUUUUUUGUACUACAAUCCUAUUUCCCAUCUAUGCUGAUGGUGAUGCUGUCAUGGGUCUCAUUUUGGAUCGACCGAAGAGCUGUUCCUGCAAGGGUAUCACUUGGUAAGCUCUCAUAUGAAUAUAUUUAGAGUAUGGUGGAAAACACGUUGUAGCAAUUGGCUUGUGUUGGCUUUAUAGGUAGUUCACAGAAGUAUAUAAUCAUCAUCUUAUUCUUCCUACAUUCUCUAACACUUAUUUCAUUUCUGGUAGAAGGAAUUUAAGUGUGCUUUGCCUAGUUUUGCUAUACCCAAAGUUGUUCAUUAAUCAGAAAGAGCUGUGAGAUGCAGCAGUGUGAGAGGAAAGGUAGGCGGGGAACUGUCUGGAGAGUUAAUUAACUCAACUCAGCAUUUCUUUUGAAAUCAUCUGUCCUGGAGGGAGAUUUCACUUUUGCUUUGCGUGAAAGAAAUGGCUGACCUGGGCAAUAAACCCAGACUUACUAGCUUAGUCAUACGUGACAGAGUGGUAGAAAAUGUUUUUUACUAUGUACUUUGUACUACGUACAAGUUGCAGGCAUUUUCUAUGUAUGUGAGGUGGUACAAUGUACCGAUGUUUGUGCUCACAUGCAUCUCAGUACAUACUGUCAAGUGCCAGCAACUAGGAACCUCACGGUGGUGAGCUGAGUCUGUGUGAGCUCUAAAUCUGAAGCCUUGGUGGCAGAAGGGAAGAGCAACGUGCAGCAUCAGCCCUGAUGGCAGCCGAAACAGAAAGCCUCUCAAUUGGCCAAAUCUGGUAUACCGUACUUUUCCGUCUAUAAGAUGCCCCCAUGUAUAAGAUGACCCCUAUUUUGGGGGACUAUAAUUUAAGAAAAUGGGGGGAGAUGGCUAUAUUACCAGAGCUGUUAAGCUUUUUUGGGGGGGAUUGCUUUUGGGAAGGAUUGCGCAGUUUUUGGGGGGGAAAUGCAGAAAAUAACUAGCCCCAAAGACAAGAGCUCAGAAUUGCUCGCGUCACAGAAUCCGACAAGCGUCUGCCCGUUUGCAAACACAAGCCGGAAACUGAACACCCAAUUGCCGCAACAGCAGCCAAUCCAAGGCAGCCCUUGAUGCAGCAACCAAACCUCCGCCCAAUUAACGCAAGAGCAGCCAAUCCAAGGCAGCCCUUGACGCAGCCAAAAAUCACACACCAAAACGCCACUUACAAGCUGCAGCUCGCGGCUGCAACCAAUUACUUGGUCCCCUAAUGUACUGCCUUUGUAUUAGAUGAGCCCAGUUUUUAAACACUAUUUUGGAGUAAAAAACCCUUGUCUAAUACACGGAAAAGUACGGUAAAGACUACAUGUCUGGAAGCGAACAACUUUCUACUACAGCGGUACCUCGGGUUAUAGAUGCUUCAGGUUACAGACUCCGCUAACCCAGAAAUAGUACCUCAGGUUAAGAACUUUGCUUCAGGAUGAGAACAGGAAUCGUGCGGCGGCGAAGUGGCAGCGGGAGGCCCCAUUAGCUAAAGUGGUACCUCAGGUUAAGAAUAGCUUCAGGUUAAGAAUGGACCUCCAGAACGAAUUAAGUUCUUAGCCCAAGGUACCACUGUAUCUGAAACUGUGGGUGGUUAACUGAGAGUCAGUUCAUUCAUCUGGGCAACAUGGUUUCAGAUGCUUACAAAACCUUACGUUAUGAGGCAAACUAGUCAAUACAUUAAAUGUGUGAUCAUAUUUGCAUAUCAUUAAUUAUUUUAAAAAGCAGCUGGUGGGAGAGGGACAUGAACCUAGACUGUGAAGUGGGGGUUAACCAUCUCUUCCUGUACUAUUCCUCCACAAAAGUAAUCACCCUGGAGCUACCAUCUGCCCUGGAAGGGAAGUUGCUCAUAUAGCAUCUUCCCUUGUGGGUCAAAAAGCUUAGAGGGAUUGUCAUUGAGAAAAAUGAUGCAGGGGAAGGGUUAACCCCCACAGGUACAUCAUUUGGUGGACAUCUCCCUAGAACAUAUGAAAUUCAGCAGUCCUUUUAAUUUUUUAAAAGAAAAAUCUAAUAUGAAAGGAUACAUUUUAUGAACCUAACAAAUAAUAUAUGUUUUCUACUUAAAUUAUUCAUCACUGCAUAGGAACCAUGCUACUUAACCCCUUUCUCCCCUGCCGCCCCUUCAAGGAUCAAUGUGGCUAAUGUUGAAAAGCAUGUUCUUUAAUGGGUAUUAAUACCCUGUUCUGAGAACCACUGUUUCACCAUAUCUUCACCUAGAAUCAGGCCAUAUUUAAUUGCUAGAGAUUUAAAAGGGAAUGGUUGAUUUCUCAUUACUCAUUCUAACUAACGGAACAGUAUUCCAAGAAACUGAAUUUGUGGUGUUUUGCUUCUUACUUAAGGGAUACCCUUGAGGGCCAUAGGUUAAAAAAACCCCCAAACAUACAGAGUUUGUUAAAAUAUCCAUUAAAGAACUAUGCUUUUAAAGUAGAAAAAUAACUUCUUUAAAAUUAAUAUUUUAUUAUUAUAAAACAAAAGCAUAACAAAUACAGUUAGGAGAUACACAGGAAAGAAUAAAUGUGGAAAACUAACAGUAAUUAUAUUAAAUAGUAUAGAAAUAGUAUAUUAAAUAGUAAAGAAAAUCCAUGUUGAGUUUUAUCAGGUAGCAGUAAGAUUCCUUCAAAGAGUAGGGAUAUUUUGUUCUAAAAGGUGACAAGAAGACUUAUAAGAAAAUGUAAGCCAGAAUAGUCUUGACAUCAUAUUUGCCUGGGAUUUGCAGCUUGGCUGAAAACCUGGCCCUUGUACACUGGAAAUAUGAGGCUUCCUUGACUCUGCAUGUUGUUCCUCUGAGAAAAAUGGAGCUUGGAAACAUCUUUCAAGGAGAAGAAUAGGUGCAACUCUAAUGUUUUCUGUAAAAGAGCACUUAAAGGCUGGGGAAAGACAUUGUCCUCACUAACCUUGUGUUGCCACUGAGCCUUGUACGUGGGUUGAAAUCUGGUACCACCACCACGAAUCCUGGAGACUCAAUUCAAUUAUUUGUCAUGUGAUAUUUAUAUAUGUCAUGUGCUGAUAGAGGAAGGAAGUUAGGGGGCACCAACCAUUUGUACACACGUUAUUACUGUGCAUAUUUUUGCAAAAUGCAAGACCUUAUUGAUGCUGUCCCUUCAUCUUUUCUGUCUCUCCUGGCAGGUAUAACUACUGUGCUGACAAUGUCAACCAUAAUCACAGGAGUAAGUGCCUCAAUGCCUCAGGUGUCUUAUAUCAAAGCCGUGGAUGUAUACUUAUGGAUCAGCUUUCUCUUUGUCUUCCUGUCUGUCAUUGAAUAUGCAGCUGUAAAUUAUCUCACAACAGUGGAAGAAAGAAAACAGCUGAAAAAGAGAGGAAAGGUAUAUACUUGCUUGUGUUCUAGUCACAGAAAACACUAUUGUUUGUGAUGUCUGUGCUGUGAUUUGUGUUUCACAGUCCUUAGGCAUUUGGGAAGCCUGUUAAAAUGGUGUCUGUUCUUGCAUUGUGUUCUAGAACUCCAUUAUUUCACCAAGCCUUAACCAAGGAUUGCCUGCUUCUCAAAUUCCAGUAUUACCGUUAAACUCUUUUCUUUGUUAACUUCUGUAGUCUAACCUUCAGCCAGAUGGUGCUAAGGUCGGCUAACAACAAAAGUAAAAGAAAAUAUUAUAAUAAAUAUAUUUAUAAAUGUAUAAAUAUUUCUAAAUAAAAUAAAAUUAAAAUACCUAGAAAAAUAUAUAAAACCAAGGCAGGAAGAACAUCAUUACAGUCAAUAAAAACCACAAGUUAAAAAUAUCAGUACAGCUUAUGGACCUAUUUAAAUAAAAAUGUAAUUGACUGCUGACGGAAGAUCAUUAGAGGUCUCCCUUGGCAAGGAAUUCCAGAGGCUAUAAGAGCAGUUACCAAGAAGACUACCUCUUUCCCACCAAAUGUCCCUCAGAUGUAAGCAGAUAAACAGAAGGGCCUAUCCCGAGAAACUUAAAAUCUUGACAGCCUCGUAUUGGAGAAUACAGUCUUUCAGGUACAGUGGUGCCUCGCAAGACGAAAUUAAUUCGUUCCGCGAGUUUUUUCGUCUAGCGAAUUUUUCGUCUUGCGAAGCACGAAAUCCCAUAGGAAUGCAUUGAAAUUCAAUGAAUGCAUUCCUAUGGUCAAAAAAAGUCCAAACAAAGCCAAAUUUGGUACAACAAGAGUUUAUUAAGUGCUCUUUAAAGUCACACAUACUGUAAAGAGCAUUUCAAAAACUGAAGGAACAAUAAAUUAAGUUUCUAAACAUGACAGAAAAACAUUUAAAAAUCAACAAAGUGUACAGUACAUUUUCUAAGACUCUGGGGGACAACUCGAAGAAGGUUCCUCUUCCACUCUUUGCUUCUUGCUGAAGAACCCCCUCCUCAACUGUUCCCUCAGCCACCCACCACACAGAAAUUCAAAUCCAGAAUUUUUUUUUAAAAAAACAGCAGAGUGGCCCAAUGGUCACAGAAAAUCAUAAAAAUGCAGAAAAAAACCACACAAGCUUCCAGAUUCUUGCAACCCCCUCCUCAACUGUUCCCCCAGCCACCCACCACACAGAAAUUCAAAUCCAGAAUUUUUUUAAAAAAACAGCAGAGUGGCCCAAUGGUCACAGAAAAUCAUAAGAAUGCAGAAAAAAACACACACAAGCUUCCAGAUUCUUGCAAACCCCUCCCCAACACCAAGUCCUUGAAUUCCAAACACCCCAACCCAAAAUCCAAAAACCCCCCAAAAAGUUUUAAAAGUUUAACUUACCAAAUGGCUGCAAAAGAAGUUUUGGAAAAGCUUCAAAAAUCACCAAAGUCUUCAAAAACCUCAAAAAAAGGCUACCACACCGCGUUCUAUGAGUUGCUCCUCGAAGUCAAGUCGCAACUGUAUUAACAGUGUUAAGAAAAAGGAAACAAACUUGCAAGACGUUUUCGUUUUUCGUCUUGCGAAGCAAGCCCAUAGGGAAAUCCGUCUUGCGAAGCAGCUCAAAAAACGCAAAACCCUUUCGUCUAGCGAGUUUUUCAUCUUGCGAGGCAUUCGUCUUGCGGGGCACCACUGUAAUCUGGUCUCAAGUUGUGUUGGACAGUGUAGAUCAUAGCUAGAACUUUCAGUUAUGCUUGAAAAAGGACUGGGCCAGUGAAACUGUUUUAAGUCUGGUUGCAGCAUUCUGAAGCAGUUCAAGUUUCCACUCUUCAAAGGCAGCCGCAUGUAGAGCAUGUUACAAUAUUCCAAACAAGAUGUAACUAAGGCAUCUGUUACCAUGCGUGCACUUGGUGGCAAAAAUAAGGGCAUCCAGUUCAGGGCUAAAGCCAGGAUUUACACUGCAAAUCUAAGUACAGUGGUGCCUCGCAAGACGAAAAGAAUCUGUUCUGGGAGUCUCUUCGUCUAGCGGUUUUUUCGUCUUGCGAAGCAAGCCCAUUGACGGAUUAGCGGAUUAGCGCUAUUAGCGGCUUUUAGCGGCUUUUAGCAGCUUAUCAGCUUAUCGGAUAAGCAGAUAAGCGGCUUAGCGACUUAGAAAAAGAGGGGGAAAAGAAGAAAAAAAACCCAGGAACUCGCAAGACAUUUUCGUCUUGCGAAGCAAGCCCAUAGCAGAUUCGUUUUGCGAGGCACCUCCAAAACGGAAAACUCUUUCGUCUAGCGAGUUUUCCGUCUUGCGAGGCAUUCGUCUUGCGGGGCACCACUGUAUCAAAGAGGAGUGUAACGCACUCCAAGGUAGACGAAACCCCAUUUCCUAAUCUGCCUUUCAACACCAAAGGCUAAUAGCUAAGGGAUCACAUAACAAUCUCCAAACGCACUUUCUGAACCUGUCAGUCCAAGAAGAUUCAGAAUCACCAUAAAAACUGUGCCUCAAGUCCCAUCCCAUCCAAGAAGGGACUGAACCACUGUAAAACUGCCUCUGAAUCCUGUCCCAUCACAGCAGUCCAACAUGAAAGCUGUAGAUAAGUCUAGCUGAACCAACUAAUUUGUGUGGACAAAAAGAAAAACUGAGAUUAUUUUGUGGUGGGGGAAGACUUCUACAUAUCAUGGACUGUAUACAGUUAAGUCAGACUUGGAGUAGACUCAAUAAGUUUAAGUCACUGAUUUCAAGGAGUCUACUCUGAAUACAUUUAAAUACCACCCUGUUCUUUUCUUUUUAACUGUUACAAGUUAGGCUGACAAGAUAGAUCAUGUUUAUUUAUUUAAUUUAUUUAUUAAUUUCUAUACUACUUUAUAUUUUUAAUAAAAAUCUCAAAGCGGUUUACAGCAUAUUAAAUCAAUAAAUCAAUAAAACAUUAGCCGGGCAAUGUUCCUCCGGCCUCAUGAGAAGCCUCCUCCAGUAGGGCUGGUGAGUCUGGCCAGGUAGAAAGGGCCUUGCAGGGAGCGGCCUUCACGCCUCACAGCCGGGCGAUGUCACUCUGGUCAGCUUCUUCAGUAGGGCUGGUGAGUGUGGGCCUCGCCCCCUAGGCCAAGUGGAAAGAGCCUUGCGGGAGGUGGCCUUCACGCCUCACAGCAAAUAUGAAUGUGAUAUAUAUCACUGGUAAAUAGCUUUUGUUUUCACAAAUCUUCUGUAGUGUUUAUUGAAAAAGGUAACUAUGGAUCCUAGUUUGUUGUCAUAAGAGACAUAGUUCCUGUAUCUGUAAUUUUAAUACAAAACUUAAUGUUAGAAUGUCAAUUGAUUUUAAAAAAAUACUCUUCCACUUUUCUGUCCUACAUGAACAACAUUCAUAUUGUUAGACAACAAAGCCCUCAUUGGUGUCACUUGUGGAAACAUCCUUGUUGCUGUUAAAACUAUUUCCUGUAAGCGGGAUUAAAAAGAAGAAGCACUUGUUCUUCAGUCAUUUUAUUUAACCAGUAAUUGUCCCUUUUUUCCUAGGCUGCUGGAUUGUAUAAUAUUGAUGCAGUGCAAGCAAUGGCCUUUGAUGGCUGCUAUCACGACACAGACACCACCGACAUUGACCUGACCACCUUUUCAGUCCCUUCUGAAGAAAGUUCAACACGAGGGCAAGCACCCAGCACCCCCACUCUAGAUGCAGCUCGCAUCAAGAGGAAGAGAUCCUUGAAAGGGAAUGUGGGCAGGAUUAUUUUGCAGAACAAUCAUGCCAUUGACACAUACUCCAGGGUUAUAUUUCCUACUGUAUAUAUUGUAUUCAACUUUUUUUACUGGGGUUUGUAUAUAUGAAUGAUUAUAACUGAUAUAUUUUUCAUAUGAGCACACCAGAAAUGCAUAGUAAAAUACACAUGCCAUGAUCUGUGUAAGCAGAGAUGCUUUAGAGUUUGAACAAGAGAUUCUGGUACCCAAAUAACAGGUUUUUCUCCCUGCUUGCAAAAUCUAUUAUCUAAAAUGGAAGUCCCAAUGGCUCUGAGUUUGUUAUGCACUCUGGGCUAUUAUUCCUAAAUGAUGAUAGGUGGUUUUAAGCUAGUUUGUAUGACAGCAGUGUAAAAUACCUAUUUCUGCUGUGUGAUGCACAGGAUUGGUAGUUAUGCAGCUUCCCACAACGCAGCCAUCUAGCUUACAGAACUAUUUUAAAGCUGCCAAGAGUGGCUAGACCUACACCAUACAACACCUAAAUCUUCCCUCCUCUGCCAACGUUGCCCACCACUCCCACCUAUGAUCCAGACUAGUGUUAUACACUCAGCACUAGGAUCUUUCUCCAAAUAAUUUCACUCUUCACAUUGCUUCUUGCUGACUUAAAAAAAAUAUAAAGCUCUGUAGCCUUCAUUCUUGGAUGAUUGAAGCUGACUAGGAGCUGACUUAGGAAGUUGACUAGGAGCAAAAUUAGACCUGGUGCUGGAGAACCUAACCAUAGACUGCCUGGGUUAUAAUAGCAGCUGGUAUUCUAUCCAGCCAUUGGGAGGUGCACGUUGUGGAAUAACCACAGAUAAUCAGUUUUAAUUGAAGGCUCACAACAGGAAACUAUGGUAGAAAUCUCUGAAAUAGUAACUAGUAUAAAUGCUAUUCUGCUCAAUUUAAUUAAGGCCAAGUAAUUUCAGUCACUGCCAUAUCUGUAAAAAAUAUGGUGGCAGCCAGCAGUAGCUUUACAGUCCAAUCCAAUGCAUGUUUACUCAAAAAUUAGCUCCAGUUCUUUCAUUGGGACAUUAUUCCAUAUAGGUAUACAUAGGACUGCACUCAAAACUACACAUUGCAUGUAUUAUCUUCUGGACCAAAGCAAUCUAGGGAGACUGCAAGUUUAAGUGAAAAAUGGCAGGCAUAGUUAUAUAGGGGUUAUUUAACCCUUCUUCCUCUGAUUAUUUUUCCAUUCCAAUUAUCCCAAGUGUUUUUUUCAAAGGGUGGGGGCACAUCCAGGAAAUUAUAUAUGAAUAUGUGUCCUGUUGUGUUUGAUUAGUUAACUGAGGAACUCUCCUAUUAUGUUACAAACUGGAUCAAUUUCCUCAAAGAACAAAUACUGGCCCUUAAAAAGGUCAUAAGGAGGCUGCAAGCACCUGUCGCUAAGUAGGGAGAAAUUUUAUAAAACGUGAACCCCAGAUGUAAAGUGGAAGAUUCUGUGUUUCUUUACAUUUAAGUUCUUGUGAACCUCUUAUCUCCUUGACAUCUCUUUGAAAACCAUGCUGGAAAUUUUUCUCUUUCUUGCUUCUGAGCCAAGUCAAAGAUCCCAUAUAAGGUAUUAAUCAUAUAAUAUAUAUCAGAAUAGAACUGCUAUUAAGUUUAACCAAAUCAAUUGCAACUUUCCUAUUCUUUGGGCUCAUCCAUCCAUACCUUUGCUCCGUGCUUUCUAGGUCCAGGUCCAGGCUUUCCAUGGAAACCCAAUUGACAUUUGCUCCGAUUCAGCAGUAAAACGCAAGAAACACACCAUACACACACAAACACAGACCUGGAAAGUUGAGAACUGUGCCUAGAAACAUGGCAUAAUGUUGUAGGCUAACAAUAAAAUGAAGUGUGGAUGAACGCUUUGUUGCAAUCACUGUAUCACACCCACAGGAGCACUCCCAUUCAUUGUAAUGGAACUACUCUAGGGAAAAUGGUUUGUAGUUUUGCACUUCUGAUUAAUGUUUUAUAAUUUUGCAAUUCAAUGUGCAGUAUGGAAAUAUCUGUUAAUAAAAAUAUAAAAAUAUAUGCAAGUAGUGGUUUAUAAUAAAUAUUUUGUUUU